UCAGCAUAUUGUACAUCUUACAUUUUAUUUCCAGUACUAUAUUGCAUUGAAUUCAGAGGUGACAAAGAGUCGCAAUAAGAAUUAGGCCGCUUGAUUUUUUAUUUAUAAUAUUUUCUAUAUCAUUCCUGUUUCUUGGUGUCCCUGUGACUCCACCCAUACAUUCCUGAGAGUCUGAGCUGUGAGCAGGAGGAAAGACAAGAAAAGAAACGGCGAGCGAGGUUGCUGGAACCUGCCUGUGGACCCUGAACCAAAGAAGAGAUGAUAAACAACAACAACAAUAACAACAACUCUCAGCCCGAAUCUGACUGCUGCAGCUCUCUGACACAUUUAUCGGCCUUUGUCUAAACCAGCUGAACGUGUUUCUGUCUUUUAUUUUCUGGACUCACACAAGUUGUUGGGAACUUUUUUCUGGAGCUGGAGCUGGAGUUGGUUCCCAGUCCGACUGCACUGCAGGACAACCCGCUGCUUCUUGUGUCGCUGCUGGGGGACAAACAACAAGCACGGAGAGAGUCAUGGAAAUCCUGGACAGCACUGAAUCGUUUCUACACUGGGACAGGAGCCUCAGCGAGCUGUCUGAGGACGGGGACAUCGACUGUGUGCUGCACACCAAUCACUUCUCUGAGCUCCUCGACGACCUCUCCCAUGAUGCUUUGCUGGGCCAGCUGCUCAGCGACCCCUUCCUCUCUGGGGUGAGAGGUGGGGUAGAGGUUAUGGAGUGGGGGGACGGAGGAGACCUGUCCCCAUCUUCCCCUCUCCCCCCUCACAUCACAGCCGAGCACAGCUACUCGCUCUGCGGUGACAGCCGACCACAGUCGCCCCUGUCGCACCUGACCGGAGAGCAAGGCAGUGAAGCAGAGUCUGAUGGCGAAUCAGCCGAGUGGCCCAUGGAGCAAGAGCAGACCAUCAGCGGCCUGCUGUCUGAGACUCCUUCCCUCCUCCCCACCCUCUCCAUGACUCUGGCCUCCUCUGAGGGGCCCCAAGCACCUGUAGCCUCUGCUGUAGCCCCCACCACUGCUGCCACCACCCCAGCUCAGACCACAGUCAAAGGCAUCAAGAUAAAGGAGGAGAAUAUCAUCCCUCAGAUUAAACUAGAGCCUCACGAAGUGGACCAGUUCCUCAAUCUGUCACCCAAAGGUCUGGAUUCCCUGCAGAUGCCUCCAACUCCUCCCAGCUCCCACAGCAGCGACUCAGAGGGCAGCCAGAGCCCCGUCCACGCCCCUCCCGGCCUCUCCUCCCCCAUCAACCCCACUCCGUCCCAGGCGAGCCUCAAGGUGUCGCCUCGUGCUGCUUCGUCUCUGUCCAACUCCCCACUGCUCACCGCUCCUCAUAAACUGCAGGGCUCAGGACCACUGAUCCUGACGGAGGAGGAGCGUCGUACGUUGGUGGCUGAAGGUUACCCAGUUCCCACCAAACUGCCGCUCACCAAAGCCGAAGAAAAGGCGCUGAAGAAGAUCCGCAGGAAAAUCAAAAACAAGAUCUCAGCUCAGGAGAGUCGUCGGAAGAAGAAGGAGUACAUGGACACUUUGGAGAAGAAGGUGGAGACCUGCUCCAAUGAAAACAAUGAACUACGCAGGAAAGUUGAGACUCUGGAGUGUACAAACAAGUCUCUGCUGCAGCAGCUGCAGGCUCUGCAGGCGGUGGUGGCAGGAAAAGUUCCUAAGUCCUGCAGGGUUGCUGGCACCCAGACGUCAUCAUGCUUAAUGGUGGUUGUGUUGUGUUUCGCUCUGUUUCUGGGGAGUUUUUACCCCAGCAGUCUGACUCCCUGUUCCGCCGUCAGUGACACAGGCCUUGUUUCUAAACGGCUGCCUGUCAAAGAGUCGUACACAACCACAGUGAAGUCGAGGAGUCUGUUGUCAACUGUCGAAGAUGAGCAGCCUCUUCUCCUCGGUCUGGGCGGAGAAUACCCCGAUCAACGGGAGGACACGCCAACUGUCGUCAUGGCAGCGUGGCGUCGCUCAGAGCAACAGAAACUGGUUGUGGAGCCCAGCACGGUGGAAACACACCCUCCUUUCAGGAGUAAAAACAACGACACACAACCACAGAAAAAACUUCUGCUGGACCUGCACAGGUCUCUGGAGCAGAGGGCAAAUGAGAGCGGAAGAAAAGUGAUAGAGCUGGACCGAACGGUCAACGAGACCUCCUGAGGUCGACAGCAACACCUCCCUCGCUUACAACCCCCAUCAUGACCUUUGACCUUCUCCCUCUACUGCAUGCUUCAGUGUCCUGGAGCAAACCUCAUGCGGUGGUUCCCACUGCUGAUUGGUUUAUAGUGUUUCUGCCAUUUCUGCUCAAUCAGAUGCACUGUAAUAGUAAUAAUUAAUAAUAAAGGGGCACUGGUUGCCUUAAUUUCUGAAUAAAGGUUGCACUGAAUAGUUUAUACAAAUCAAAUGAUCUGUUGUUUUAAUUGUCACCUUUGAAAAAUCACAAACAUUUAAAUUCAGACAGAUCAAGUGAAUAAUGUAGUGGGGCAGUGGAACGGAUAUUAAAAUAUGACGUGAGGCUUCUUACAGGACACUGACGUCAGCUUUUGUAUUUAUAGAGACCUUAUUUGUUUUUCUUCGUAGUUUUGUUUCUUUUAAUAUUAAAUGUUUUAUUUUAUUCCAGUGUUGCGUACAUCCCAUUUUGAUACUUGUUUGUGCUCAUAUUGUAUUUUGUGUUUUUUUUUUCGCUGUAUAUUGUACUCUUUUAUAUAUUGCUCAUAUUUUUUUCAUCUGACUCAAAAUUUUAUGCUUAUUUGGAAAAUCUGAGAAGUUUCUAAAUGACUUGAAUGAAUGAAUGAAUGUCUAAAAGUUCAUAAAUUGGCUGCAAAAUAAGACAUUUAGUUUUGAUGCAGAUAGUGCAGGACAACUGACUUCAUGUAGCUAUAUAUGAACACACCUAUAAUGUCUACGGGUGGGAUGAUGCACCUGCAACAGACAAAUCUCCCAGUUAUUCUCAGAAAUAAAUUAAUAUACAGUUGCAGUUAAUGUUUGCUAGCUAUGCUUCAGACGUUUGGACUUAGUGGUGCAUAAUAAUCACUAUGUUCCAGUCAGGAGUCAAUGUUUGAGACUUUUUUUUCCUGCAAAAUGACUAAAGUUUUGUUCAUAAAAUGCUUUUUUUCAGCAAGUAGCAAACUACAAACCAAAGCAACAAUGAUGCAUUACAUGAUGUUGCCUUGCCUUUAAGUAAAAGUUUGACAUUUUGGGAAAUACUCUUGUUUUCUUUCUUGCCCAGAGUAGGACGAGAAGAUUGAUACUGCCCUCAUGUCUGCAUGAUAAAUAUGAAACUACAGCCAAAAGAUGGUUAGCUUAGCCUAGCAUACAACUUGAAAAUGGAGAGAAACAGCUGGCCUGGUUCUGUCUAACUAUGCGUGGCUACUAGCAGCUCUACAACUCACUACUGAGAUAUAAUGUGUUAGUAAGCUUUAGAGGUGUAGGCAAAUGUUUUUAUAUUUGGGCAGAGCCAGGCUGCUUUGUUUCUCCUGUUUCCAGUUGUUAUGCUAAGCUAAGCUAACUAUCUUAGCUUUAUAGCCCAUUUACUGUACUAACAUGAGGGUAGUAUCAGUCUUAUCCUAUUCUGGGCAAGAAAGCAUAUAAGAAUAUUUUCCAACUGUCCAACAUAUGUUAAAAUGAACCACAUAUUUCACUGUAGUUAUUUUUGGUCUUUAAUUUCCACUUGCACACUGUCCCCUGCAAGAGUCUUUAUUUGCUGUUCUUUAAGCAUUUGCCAAAAAUAUUUCUACUCAGAAAUGAAAAAGUAUCUAUUUUUGUAAAUAUGAGUUAAUAAUGAAAGGAAGUCUAAGUGUGCUUGGGAUGUGUAGUUUACAAACCAAUCCAUAAUUCAUUCUGAGUCUAUUUUAGAUGUGCUGUUGUUAAUAAAUUAUGAACAUAUGAUGCCUUAACUUAAGGUGUCGUCCAGACUUUCUAGUGGGUUUCAUUUGUUCAUUACAGAAGAUGUCUUUAAAAAUCUUAUCUGUACAUAAAUGGGUUUUAAAAUUUGGGAACUUUAUUGAAACAUGUUCUUUCAUAUGUUUACAGACCAAAUGUAAAGCCACUCUCAAAAUUAAAGUGAAUUAAGCUCUGAAUUGUGGCAGAUUGUGUUACAGUUGAGGGUGAGCUUUGUAGGCUAGUGGCUAUAUUAUUAUUGUAUCUUUGCGUUGAGAAGCCAAGACUCCAAUACAUUCCCCAGUGCUGAGACUACAAAGGAGGCAUCACAGUCUGGUUAUCUCAGACUGUGGAGAGUGUUGUUCCAAAUCAGACUUAAUUUCUAUGUUACUUCCGUGUAAAACCAGCCUGGCAUAGGUUUUCUGUCUUUUUGCUUUGAAAUAAAGUAUUU